CUUCUUUCUUUUGUUUACCAUUAUAUUUUGUGUAAAAAUUUCAUAUAAUUAUUAGCAAUGGUACUGGGUAAUCGAUAUUCAGGUACCGUUUUACCUGCAGACGUGGAGAAAAAAGCAAAUCAGGCUCGACCGCGCUCCCGUCUACCUUUCCUCCUGAAAUUUCGAUCUUCCAACCAAUUCAUCUUUUGUACAGCCGCCAUUGGAUUAUUUACCAGUACCUUUGUUCAUUCCAUAUUAUUUCCACUGGCACCAUUCAUCGUAAGCUAUAUUAAACAUGGCACCGACGAUCUGGCUCAUGCAGACGAGCAAAAUGCUUCGACUUCAUCGGAAACCGGUAUCUUGGUAGCUGCUUAUGCCAUUGGAUUACUAGUUGGAUCACCGAUAUUUGGUUGGUUGGGCGAUAAGACGACGCAACGACGACUACCAAUGCUUUUGGGCAUUACGGCAUCACUUGCAGCCAAUGUAUUAUUCAUGUUUAGCAUCGCUUACUGGAUGCUUUUAUCUGCGCGUUUCUUGCAGGGAGUCUCCAACGCUUGCGUAUGGACCAUGUGCUUAUGCUUGAUUGCCGAUAAUUGGCCCAUAGAACAAUUAGGGUUGCAGAUGGGCAAAUUAAUUGGAUUCUAUCCACUGGGCAUGGUCCUCGGGUUGCCCGCCGGAGUGUUAUACAGCAAGUUGGGUUAUCAGGCUCCUUUUAUCGCCUCCAUCAUACUAUGCGGAUUGGAUUUUAUCAUGCGAUUGUCCAUCAUUGAGCGUACCUCGGCUCCCAAAGAAUGGUUUCAAGACGCCACCAGCAAGGCCGACCCUACUCUAUCAAUGCGAUUGGCAGCCGAAUGGGAAUUUGAUGCGGCACGAUGCGGACUGAUCUUGCUGUCUUACAUGGUACCUUGUAUCGCUUCGAGUGCUUUCUGUGGAUGGUUAUGUGACAAGUAUGGAACCAAGAUUGUGGCUCUGGUUUCGUUGGUUCUCGUUGGACCGACCUGCGUGGCCAUGGGAAUCCCCGAUCGGAACAUGUCCUUUUGGACGUUGGUGCCUAUUCUUAUGUUGGGUGGUAUGACCAUCGCAGGAUGCCAGGCCCCUGUGUUUCCUGAAAUUGCUCAAGUGGUUGCGGAGGAAAAUGAAGAUCCAAACGAUCGGAACGGUAUCGCGCGAAGCUAUGCUUUGGUCAAUGCAGCGUAUGCCGUGGGCUUAUGUGUUGGGCCUUUGCUAGCAGGUUAUGUGUAUGGUCAAGUGGGAUUUUUCUGGCUUUGCUUCAUUCUUGCCAUGAUUUUCGUCAUUUGUAUUCCCUUGGUUUAUUUUUACAUGGGCGGUAACCGCUCGAAACUUAUUACCACUUCAAAACCCUCCCUCACUUGUUCCUUAUCUUAA